AUGCCCGCGGGUCCCCUUGCGAGCGACGGACAGACCUGCACGACCCCCGAAAGUUUGACGGGAGGUAGGCAGACGGUGAUGGGGCGAGGAGCGCCACCUGAUUGGCUGAGCGCUCCUCUGGGGAGCCUUGCACAUUUCUGGCAGCCCAGAUUCUUUAAAGCGACGCGAGCGGGGCCGGCAGCCGGGCAAAGCCACUGCGGGGAGAGAGAAGCUCCUGCGGGGCUCCCGAGCCGGUGCGGCCGCUCCGAGAGAUGUGCCGAGCCAGCCAGGGAGCCUCCAAGACGGCUCGUCCGGACUGGGACCUCGCAGGCAGCCCCGGGAGGCCGGAGGAGCCCCAGGCAGCCGAGAUCCCGUAGCAGGCAGGCAGGCAGGCAGGCCGGGGCGGUGUGGAGGGGAGGAGCUCCGCGACCACUUACAGGCUGCUCGGCGGAGGGCAGGUCAUUCGAGUUGCUGGCGUGCCGCACUCGCCACCCCGCGCCCAGUCGCCUCGGCUGUAACGGGGGCAGGCGGAAAGGGGGGGGUCUUUCUUUUUGGCCAAUUCCCCCCUAGAGGCGUCCGGAACAACCCGAAGCGCCGCCUGUCCUCUAGCGAGCCGAGCCGAGUCCCAAACCGAGUGGAUUAAGGAACCCGUAAAAGACACCUGGCUGGCUCUCCUUCGAGCUCUGUGGAGUGGGAUGAAUUUGGAAAGACUCCCGGACAGCUUAAGACCUGCCCAGGCUGCUGCCCACGACAUGGCUUCCAGCUUCCAUUUGCAAAGAUCUACCGAAGCCAGAGAGCCGACUGAGAACUCAGCCAGCGAGUCGUCCGACACCGAAGCACCAGAAAAGGAGCGGAGCGGCGUGCAGAAAAGCGACGAGGGCAGCGCGGACGACCCGGCCAAGAAGAAAAAGACGCGGCGGCAAAGGACUCAUUUCACCAGCCAGCAGCUGCAGGAGCUGGAGGCCACUUUCCAGCGGAACCGCUACCCGGACAUGAGCAUGAGGGAGGAGAUCGCGGUGUGGACCAACCUCACGGAGCCCCGAGUCAGGGUGUGGUUCAAGAACCGGCGCGCCAAGUGGCGGAAGCGGGAGCGCAACCAGCAGAUGGACCUGUGCAAGAACGGCUACGUGCCGCAGUUCAGCGGCCUGAUGCAGCCUUACGAGGAGGUCUACGCCGGCUACCCGUCCAACUACUGGCACGCCAAGAGCCUGGCGCCGGCGCCGCUCUCCUCCAAGGGCUUCCCCUUCUUCAACUCCAUGAGCCCGCUCUCGUCGGCCCAGUCCAUGUUCUCGGCGCCCAGCACGCUGCCCUCCAUGAGCAUGCCCUCCUCCAUGGGCCACGCCGCCGUGCCCAGCUCCGGCCUCAACAACCUCGGCGGCUCGUCGCUCAACUCGGCCAUGUCGUCGCCCGCCUGCCCCUACGGCCCGCCCGCCUCGCCCUACAGCGUCUACAGGGACACUUGCAACUCCAGCCUGGCCAGCCUGCGGCUCAAGUCCAAGCAGCACUCGAACUUCGGCUACGGCGGCCUGCAGAGUCCCGGCUCCACCCUCAACGCCUGCCAGUACAACAGUUGACGCGCCUUAAAGGGGCCGGCCGCAGGACGCGGGGCAGCAGCAGGCACCGGCCAGCAACCGUCGGCGGGGGGCGGGCCGGACGCCCGGACCGAACCGAAACACGAUGGAUGAGUUGCAAUUUAUUUUUCUCCCUCUGGAUGAUGCGGGUUUCGUAUUGUGUGUUUACUUGAACUUGCACAGGACUUUCUUCUUUAUGCGUCCACUUUAUACACGGAAAUACGGUAACGGUGG